AGAUGCGCCUUUGCUAUAUUUAAACUUUGCGUUUAGACUUAUACGCACAGAUGCAACGGCCUGCCUAUCUUUACCAACUUGGAAACUUUAGGUAACAAUGGCAUAACAGGUAUCUUUGGCCGCUGAGCCAUUACCUAGGAGAUCAGCGAUGUAAAUCAAUAAAUCAACAUUGACUGACACUGUAAGGAAGGCGGUCAAUGCGUAUAAAACUAUUUUACACGGAUGGCGGGGUUAUUAGCGAGGGGCUGAGGGGUUCGGAUUUUAUUUUGCCAAUACAUAUGCGUCAUACCGAUCCUUAGGUACCUAACUUAUGUAACCCACUCUAAUCCCGAUUUUUCAUACGGCCUAUUAGAGUCAUUACCUAUAGCAAACUAGGACUUCUGAUUUUUUUCUUUUUACCCAGUACCAAACAACUCCCGAGUAUCUAACCUGGUCGCCAUGUCUGCCAAUCCGUUCCUCUUAGCUGCCGACAACAGCCCAGCUCUACUACCUCUCCUUCGAGAGAACCCUAAUCUAGCUUCCGAACAGGAUGCUCACGGCUACUCCCUGAUUCACGCGGCGGCAAGUUAUAAUCACCUCGACCUCCUUCGUUCUCUAGUUCGCGAGUUUAACGUUGAUGUCAACUUGCGCGACGACGACGAGGAGACGGCUCUCUUCGUGGUAGAAACUGUCGAAGCUGCUCGCGUUCUAGUUGAGGAGCUGGGGGCUGAUAUUACGAUCAAAAGCUCUGAAGGAUAUACGGCUUUCCAGAAAACGGUUGAAGAGGGUGAUUUCCCAGAGGUUGCCGAGUACCUAAAAACCAAAGAAGAGGCCAGCCACACGCAAGCUCUGUCGAACGGGACCAAUGGGGACAUAACCGCCGCGCCGCCUAUACCAGAGGGCCUCAGCAUAUCCGUUAGCACAAUUACACCUGCGGAGGAGGCCGAACUGGAAGUUGAUCCUGAGUUUCGAAGAAGGAUAGAACAGUUGGCCGAACGGGACGACUUCCACUCCGACGCUGGCCAAGCUGAGCUCAGGCAACUAAUCCAAGAUGCCAUAACGGAACGUAAUCCCGCGGAUCGCAACGUUCGCCCAAGACAAGACUAAUUGUUCCUCGGCUAGAAAUACGAUGUAUCUCAAUUCUGUUUCCUGAUAUCCCAGAGAAGAAACUCCCCUGGCGAGUUAGGUGGUCUUAAAAUGGUACAGUCGGCGCUGUCCCCUACGAUAUCCCUCGAAAAUGUUGUAGUGCUUAGCGAGAACCACGACUUGGUUGGCAGAGCGAGUAUUACUUCUGCCAAGGUUUGCCGAGUCCAACUUGGCGGAAUAAAACCCUGCCAGCUAACUCGGCACAGCUUGCCCUCCUGAAGAUCGUCGGCAA